GGUUGUUUGGGUUCAGUAUCGGAUCUGGAUAACAGCAAAUGAUGUCUGCCAAAGGAAAGGGUGCCAGAUCCGGAUAUAGAGGCAGUGUGAAAGCUGCUCAGAAUUUUUCUGCUAAUCAAGAUGCAGAAAAUCUGUACAACGCGAUGAAAGGAUUUGGCAGUGAUAAAGAAACCAUCAUUGACUUAUUGACCUCCAGGUCCAAUGCUCAACGCCAACAGAUCUGCACAAGCUACAAGACUCUCUAUGGAAGGGAUCUGAUUGAUGACCUGAAGUAUGAAUUGACGGGAAAAUUUGAGAGACUGAUCAUUGGCCUCAUGAGACCUCCUGCAGUAUAUGAUGCCGUCGAGCUGAGAGAUGCGAUCGAGGGACUGGGAACUGAUGAGAAAGUUAUGAUUGAAAUUCUUGCCUCCAGAAACAACAAGCAAAUCCACGAGCUCACUGCAGCUUACAAAGAAGGUAAGAGUCAUACUAGUGACACCUCCGGAGAUUACAAGCGAGCUCUGCUGCGUCUAUGUGGAGGAGACGAUGAUGCCGCAGGUGAAUUCUUCCCCGAGGCUGCGCAAGUUGCCUAUCAGAUUUGGGAAGUCAGUGCCACCAGACGGAUCGAGCUGAAGGGAACGGUGCGGCCAGCUCCCGAUUUCAAACCAGAAGUGGACGCCAAGGCACUCCGCAAAGCCAUGAAGGGAUUCGGCACUGAUGAAGAAACAAUCGUCAAUAUACUUACUCAGAGAAGCAAUGCGCAGAGGCAACAGCUGAGACAGCAGUUCAAAUCCCAGCUGGGCAGGGACCUGAUGGCAGAUGUGAAAUCGGAGGUAGGUGGUCCACUGGAGAAGAUUCUGCUUGGCUUGUUGAUGACUCCUGCUCAGUUCGAUGCGAAGCAGCUGCAGAAAGCCAUCAAGGGCACGGGUACAGAUGAGAGGGCCCUGAUUGAAAUCCUGACCACCAGAACAAACCAGGAGAUAAGAGCGAUCAACGAAGCUUACAAGGAAGCCUACCACAAGAGUUUAGAGGAUGACAUAAGCUCGGAUACAUCUGGUCACUUUAAGAGACUCUUGAUCUCGCUGAUUCAGGAGCUGUGCGACUCAACUGAUGAGGACUCGGGCUCCAUGGAAUCAAAGUUCAUCAGCAUCCUGUGCAUGAGGAGCUACCCCCAUCUCAGGAGAGUUUUCCAAGAUUACAUCAAACUCACCAACAGAGAUAUCGAGCAGACCAUCAAGAAUGAUAUUUCUGGAGACCUGAGGAAUGCACUGAUUGCUAUUGUUCGUAAUGUCAAGAACAAGCCAGCGUUCUUUGCUGAGCGCCUCUACAAGUCGAUGAAGGGUGCGGGGACAGAUGACAAGACCCUGAUCAGGAUCAUGGUGUCUCGGAGUGAAAUCGACCUGAUGAACAUCCGAUACGAGUUCAAAGAGAUGUAUGAUGCGUCGCUGUACUCCUUUAUAGAGGGCGAUACGUCAGGGGACUACAGCAAGGUUCUGCUGGCACUCUGUGCUGGUGAAGACUAGGAGACGUCAUCCCAUUGGACCAUGCUGCUGCUGUCCUUGACCUUUGGAGAAAUACAGGGCACAAACCACCGGUAUCCAAUUGCUGAAGCAAGGCCCUGAUGGGACAUUGACAUCUGGAGAGAGGGGAAAGGGACAGUCACCAAUCCACCAACAUCCCCAGGCAACACCAUGUUUGUAUCCAUCAAAAUGCCGAACCAUGAGCUGAGGUUGGCAGUCCCAACGCCCUCUUCAUCAUGACCAGUCAUCCCAGUGAAUAUACCUUCCAUCAGCUCACAAUCCAGUCUCUAGAUGUCUGUGUUAAGUGACGGUCAGUACUGAGCCCUGCAGUAUAAUAUGUUCACGUUUCUUUGUGUAGCUCCAUGGUUGUCCCUCAGCCCCUGGUACUGGAAGGUCUCCCCACCCUCCACCCAUCCACCCCUCCAUCCCUCCACCCCUCAAAACCAGUCGUCUCAUUGUUUUGGGCAUUCUGCCCUGGUACCUCAAAGUUACCCUGCCCUCAAUGCCAUUUCCACUCACUCCAAACUCCACAGGAUCCCACAGGAUCACUGUCAGAAUCCUUAUCCCUCACUUUCAGAACGUCUCCAUGUCAUCUUCGACCUCCUCUGGGUAACAAUCCCAGCUGCCCCGGCCCUGCUGCUUCACCCUCAGUCUCCCCGCUCCUGCUCUCUCAAUCACUCUCACUCCCUGUCUCUGACAAUCUCUCACUCUGCUGCCUGACCUCCGAGUUUCAUGAAUAUUUCAACCAUAUUUCAAACUAUUAUUUUCAGCCUAGAGCUCUCAUUAUCAAAAAUGGUGUUUGAAGAUUUUGAAGAUGUAUCUUCUGCGCUACGGGGCCGCAUUUUCAAUUAGACUCGUUUCCACCUUCACUGCACACCUUCAGAUCCCAUUGUUCAUUCCCUCCCCCUCCCUCACCCUCUCCAUUCCCCACCCCUCCACAUUACACCCCCACCUUCUCCAUCUCCCCACUUCCCCCUUCCACCACCCUCUCACUGAUUCUCCCACCCCCAGUAAACCAAACCCCAUUUUAUUCCCUUAAGACCAUAGGACCCGGGAGCAGAAGUAGGCCAUUUGGCCCAUUUAAUUCACUGUGCUUUUCAGUGAAACCCUGCUUGAUCCACCAAUCCUCAACUGUACUUUCCUGCCUAUUUCCCCAUAACCUGUGAUGGCCUGACUGAUUUCCCCCUCAAAACCAAAAUCCAGGGAUGUACCCAGAGGUAUUUAGUUCCAGGUUUAAGCUCAGAUAAUGGUCACCCCUGGUGAUGAAUUCUACUCCCCUCCCUCCCUCCCAAAGGAGAGCUACUAACUCUGUAGACAGCUCUGGGUUGUUAAAAACACAGCUGUGAGGAAAAUCAUCUGGAUGUUGAAAAAGUUAAGACUUUUAGAACAACAAAAAAAAACAAGAGAAGUACAGCACAGGAACAGGCCCUUCAGCCCUCCGCUAUUUCCAUCUGUAAGUGAUAAAAGUAACGGAGGUGAGUGAGGAAAAGGUUUUUGGUAGGUCAAGGAAUAGAUAGUACCUACACCCUCCCCAAACACCAUUCAUCCGAGGAUCAGAAUGGAGCAUCCUGUCCUGACUCUUGGCAUUGAGAAGCACAUGGCAGGGGCACAGUAUGUUCCCAACGGGCCAACAUUUGCCAAUCUCAGCCCCCAUUCUCUGUCUUCAGCGCAUUCUAAUGAUUCUUCUCAACCCCUUCCCUGUGCUACAAACAAGCUUGCAUUAUUUUCUUAAAAAAAAACAAAUUACAAUAAACUUGUGAAGGUC